AUUGACCGUCAGCCAUGGUCAUGAUGAGGAUGAUAGAGAGAGAUGAUAUGAUUUUUCGACUUUUGGAGUGAUUCUCAUUCUUAUUAGCAUUAUUCUACUUCUUCUCAUCUUCUUUCAAUUCACUCUUGAAUCUUGACCUUCAACAGUUUGUGCGAUUGAUUGAGUGAACGAUUCAUUCCUAACUUACCAAAAAGAGUUUCUUAAUUGUCCUACAUUAUCCCGUCCUGCUGGGGGAGAAAAAAAGAACGACAACAGCCGCCAUGAUUGCCGAGCUCCUGACGCCCACGGGCGCAGCAUAUGUGCUCACCGCCGCCGUAUUCGUCUACUAUAUCCUGCCGUACCUGCAGCUAUGGCGCUUACGCGAUAUCCCGUCGCCCGGUUUCGCCGCCUUUUCUAACCUGUGGCUGAUGCUGCAGUACCGCAAGGGCAACCGCUUCGUCACCGUCGAUGAAGCUCAUAAAAAACACGGCAAACUCGUGCGCAUUGCUCCCAGACAUGUCUCCAUUGCCGACGACGAGGCUAUCCAGGCGAUCUACGGACAUGGAAAUGGUUUCCUCAAGGCUGACUUCUAUGAUGCCUUCGUCUCCAUCCGCCGCGGUCUCUUCAACACCCGCGACCGUGCCGAACACACCCGUAAGCGUAAGACCGUCAGCCACACCUUCUCCAUGAAAUCCAUCGGUCAAUUCGAACAAUACAUCCACGGCAACGCCGAGCUCUUCGUGAAACAAUGGAACCGUAUCGCCGACACCCAAAGUAACCCCAAGACUGGCUAUGCAACCAUCGACGCCCUGAACUGGUUCAACUACCUCGCCUUCGACAUCAUCGGUGACCUCGCCUUCGGCGCCCCCUUCGGCAUGCUCGAGAAGGGCCAGGACAUCGCUGAAAUGCGCAAGAACCCGAACGACAAGCCCAGCUACGUGCAGGCCGUCGAGGUCCUCAACCGCCGUGGUGAAGUUUCUGCUACCCUGGGUGCCUGCCCCAGCCUCAUUCCCUGGGCGAAGUAUAUCCCCGACCGCUUCUUUAGGGAUGGACUCGAGGCUGUGGAGAACCUGGCUGGUAUUGCGGUUGCGCGGGUCAAUGAGCGUCUUCGCCCAGAGGUUAUGGCUAACAACACUCGUGUGGAUUUGCUGGCUCGUCUGAUGGAGGGCAAGGAUUCGAAUGGAAACAAGCUCGGCCGCGAGGAACUUACGGCUGAAGCACUGACGCAGCUGAUUGCCGGUUCUGAUACCACGAGUAACACCUCUUGCGCCAUUCUGUACUGGUGUCUGCGCACUCCUGGGGUUAUUGAGAAGCUGCACAAGGUGCUCGACGAGUCUAUUCCCAAGGAUGUGGAUGUGCCCGUUCACGCGAUGGUUAAGGAUAUCCCCUAUCUCCAAUGGGUCAUCUGGGAAACAAUGCGUAUCCACAGCACUUCGGCAAUGGGUCUUCCCCGUGAAAUUCCCGCCGGUAACCCACCGGUCACCAUCUCGGGCCACACCUUCUACCCUGGCGACGUCGUCUCCGUACCCACCUACACCAUCCACCGCUCCAAGGAAAUUUGGGGUCCCGAUGCCGAGCAGUUCGUCCCCGAGCGCUGGGAUCCCAAGCGUCUCACCGCCCGCCAGAAGGCCGCUUUCAUCCCCUUCAGUACUGGUCCCCGUGCCUGUGUCGGCCGCAAUGUCGCGGAGAUGGAGCUGCUCGUCAUCGUUGGAACUGUCUUCCGCUUGUUUGACUUUGAAAUUCAGCAGGAUGGACCCAUGGAGACGAGAGAGGGUUUCCUCCGGAAGCCUUUGGCACUCAUGGUUGGAAUGAAGAGGAGGAGUGUUGCUGUUUAGGUUUUGGGAGGGGUGGCAAAGAAAGUUUUGGUUAGACUUUGGGUGGAACACUGAAUUGGAUGUAAAUAUGACUUUCUCAUCUGGUUGUAUGAUUUGAAAUUGUGCGAUGUUCAAUGAAUUUCUACUUUCG